AACAGCGCCCCCGAUCGAUCCGCAAUUUUGGAUCUGAAUCUCCAUUCAACAAUCAAACCUCUCUUCCCGUCCUAUUUAACUGAAGAGAUCAUUUCAAUUUUCAGAGUUUAUCACAAUUUAUUUGAGAAUGGAAGCGCUCCCCAUUGAAUUAUGCCUCAACAUCUUCGGAUUCUUAGACCAUCCCACUCUCGCCACCGCUCUCCAAGUUUGCAGGAAGUGGAAGAAAGCCGCGUCCGAUGAUGCCAUAUGGCUGAAGCUCUUCACGCUCAGAUGGGGAGCAGAUCUAGCCGACUUUUUCUCCUCUCACCAUUCCAAAUCAUGGAAAGAAGUAUACGCGAUUCAACACCGAUGCGAUCGAUAUGGCCUGGGAUUGAAGAUAAUCACAGAAGGAGAAGACUGUUAUUUGAUUCAUCAGGGAGAGAUCCAGCGGCAUUUAGGCCGAUGGGACGGAAAGAAAUUAAAAGAAGAAGAGAGCUGCUCUGAGAUAUCUGAUAAGAUACUUUUUUUCAUUGGUGAUUUAGAAGUUGCUUGUGCAGAAGCCAAGAGAUCUCCCUUCUUCUAAGUUAUGGUUUCUUAUUUAUUAUGUUGUAAAAAAAAAAUGUUUUGGGAGGUAUUUCUGUAAUGCUUUUAAAGAAUUAAAUUGUUUCAUUGUGUGUAUUUUGGCUGUAACAAAUGUUUAUUAAUUUGAUAAAGCAAAAGUUGUGUUCAAAGAUUC